UGCUGCGGCAGGUUGCGCUGUGUAGGGGCGUCGUAUAGUUCGUAGCCCGAGUGCUUCUGAGCAGAUAGGCGCCCCCCGCCCCUUUUCUUCUCGUUCUUCUUUAGCGCUGGGGCGUCUCCGGCCUUGUGCCUCCUUGUCCAUCUCCCCGUGCCCGCUUUUCUUGGACUCCACCAGGAAAGUUGGGGCCUCCAGGUUUGGAGGUAGCGACUCCUGCCUGUCACCGGUGUGAGGGGCGCGCCCCUCUUCCAUCGGGCCAGCCCCAUGGGCCCCACCCGGAAGCCUAACGUCUGCAGCCGGCUGAGUCGCCGGGCGCUGGGCUUCUUUUCGCGUGAUGCAGGCGUGGUGCAGAGGACGAACCUGGGCAUCCUGCGGGCGCUGGUGUGCCAGAAAAGUACUAAAUUUAAGAAUGUUUGGACAACUCAUUCCAAGUCGCCUAUAGCCUAUGAGAGAGGAAGAAUAUAUUUUGACAAUUACCGGUGCUGUAUCAGCAGUGUUGCAUCAGAGCCAAGAAAACUUUAUGAAAUGCCAAAAUGUUCCAAAUCAGAAAAAAUUGAAGAUGCUUUAUUAUGGGAAUGCCCAGUGGGGGAAAUACUUCCCAAUCCAUCAGAUUAUAAAUCUUCACUCAUAGCACUGACUGCUCAUAAUUGGCUACUUCGCAUAUCAGCAACGACAGGAAAAAUCCUUGAGAAAAUAUAUCUUGCAUCUUACUGUAAAUUCAGAUACUUGAGCUGGGACACUCCUCAAGAAGUCAUUGCAGUCAAAUCAGCUCAGAACAAAGCCUCAGCAGUGGCCCGGCAGGCAGGCAUUCAGCAGCCUGUUUUGUUAUACCUUGCGGUGUUCCGAGUUCUGCCAUUUUCACUUGUAGGGAUUCUGGAGAUCAAUAAAAAGAUUUUCGGGAGUGUUACAGAUGCUACUUUGUCUCAUGGGAUACUGAUUGUGAUGUACAGCUCGGGAUUGGUCAGACUGUAUAGCUUCCAAGCCAUCACUGAACAGUUCAUGCAACAGAAACUUGACUUAGGGUGUGCAUGCAGAUGGGGUGGGACUGCUGGAACUGUAGGAGAGGCUCCUUUUGGCAUUCCUUGUAAUAUUAAAAUAACAGACUCACCACCACUGCUCUUUGAAGUGUCAUCCCUGGAGAAUGCUUUUCAGAUUGGAGGCCAUCCUUGGCACUACAUCAUCACACCUAACAAGAAGAAACAGAAAGGAGUUUUCCAUAUUUGUGCUCUAAAAGACAAAUCAUUGGCCAAAAAUGGAAUCCAAGAAAUGGAAUGUUGUUCUCUAGAAUCUGACUGGAUCUAUUUCCAUCCUGAUGCUUCUGGUAGAAUAAUACAUGUUGGCCCAAAUCAAGUCAAAGUUUUAAAGCUAAAUGAAAUAGAAAAUGAUUCUCAGCAUCAGGUGUCUGAAGAUUUUGUCAUACUUGCCAAUAGAGAGAACAAAAAUGAAAACUUAUUCACUGUUACGGCAUCUGGACGGGUGGUAAAGAAAAAUUUUACCCUUCUGGAUGAUGACCCAGAACAAGAGACUUUCAAGAUUGUGGAUUAUGAAGAUGAAUUGGAUUUGCUUUCUGUGGUAGCUGUUACUCAGAUAGAUGCUGAAGGAAAAGCUCACCUGGAUUUUCACUGUAAUGAAUAUGGAACUUUACUUAAAAGUAUUCCACUAGUAGAGUCAUGGGAUGUGACAUAUAGCCAUGAAGUCUACUUUGACAGAGACUUGGUGCUGCACAUUGAACAGAAACCCAACAGAGUCUUCAGCUGCUAUGUAUACCAGAUGGUAUGUGACACGGAGGAAGAAGAAGAAACCAUAAUCAGAAGUUGUUAAAAGGAGGGAGAGAGUUGUAACUUAUCAGACUUCUAGCCAAACACCCCAACAGUUGCAUGGAGUAUUCCAUUUUAUUAUCUACAUGGCACAUUCUCCAGUAUUUUCUGGGAAAGGUCUUGUAUUGAAUUCAGAUGAUUAAACUCAGUGAGAACUUCAUUUUAUGAAAAGUUGUGGUUUUUUUGGACUGUUAUUCCAAGAAGACUAGCUUUAUGGAGGAUUUAGGUAGCUGAUAAUACAAAAAAGCAUUAGAGAGAAAAAAACUGAAACCCUGUUGUUGAGGGGAGGGUCAUUGAUGGGGAGGUAUUGAAGGGAUAGUAUGGAAUUUUGAUUGGCAAGGCUUGGAAAGACAAAAAUAAAGAUACAAGAGAUACAGAAAGGAAUUCUUUAUUAUUUGUACCAAACUUUGCUUAAGGAUGAGAAAUGAGAUGUAUAAUGUGUCAUAAACUUUUUUAAAUCUUA